AUGGGCCGGCAAAAGCAAACCACGCCGCUACAGCGCAAUCCCUCGUCCCAGUUGAUGCAUACUGUUCCCGACGAGUCGGAACCAUCGCAGAAGCAGGCAAAUGGAGAUGCCAUUGUGCAUUCAAGCGCUAACGGCAAAGCCUCUGCCCAGGUGGCCGCCGCGCCGGAACCAGAGGCCGAUAGCCCUGGCUUGAUGCAGCUGCUCAUCUGCGUCCUCGGUAUAUACGCAGCCUUCCUCUCAUGGGGUGUCCUCCAAGAAGCCAUCACCACCACAAGCUACCCCGUGCGCGCGCCAACCGCCGCCGAACCAGAACCGCCAACAGAGCGCUUCACAUACUCGCUCGUCCUGAAUACUAUCCAGUCCACCUUCGCCGCGAUCACGGGCUUCCUAUACCUCUUCUUCUCCACACCAAAGGGCCAAAGUGUCCCAUCCAUCUUCCCCACGCGCCGCAUCCUCUUCCCCCUCCUCCUCGUCAGCAUCUCCUCUUCCCUAGCCUCACCCUUUGGCUACGCCAGUCUCGCACACAUCGACUACCUCACCUUCAUCCUCGCGAAAUCAUGCAAACUCCUCCCCGUCAUGGCCCUCCACCUGACCAUCUUCCGCAAGCGCUACCCGCUAUACAAGUACGGCGUCGUGCUACUCGUCACCCUCGGCGUGGCUACCUUCACCCUCCACCACCCCGGCACGAGCAAGAAGGUCGCCGCCUCAGCGGCGAAGCAAUCCGGUUCGUCGGGGUGGGGUAUAUUCCUCCUCUCGAUUAAUCUGCUUCUAGAUGGAUUGACGAAUACCACGCAAGACCAUGUUUUCACUUCGCCAAAGCUAUAUACAAAAUUCACCGGCCCGCAGAUGAUGGUCGCGCAAAAUGUGCUAUCAACAGCCCUGACAGCUGCGUAUCUCCUGCUCAUGCCGCAUCUGUCGCAGAGCGGGAUCUUGCACAACCUCCUCCCCAUCCCGAUUCCACCAUCCACGGAGACGGAGCUGUACUCUGCCAUCUCAUUCCUUUCGCGUCACCCAGAGGCAUUGAAACAUGUCCUUGGCUUCGGGGCGUGUGGUGCAGUUGGCCAAUUGUUCAUUUUCUAUACGCUGUCGCGGUUUUCGUCGCUGCUUCUUGUGACGGUUACUGUUACCCGUAAGAUGCUUACGAUGUUGCUCAGUGUGUUCUGGUUCGGACACUCGUUGAAGCCGGGACAGUGGCUGGGUAUUGUCCUGGUCUUUGGCGGUAUUGGUGCUGAGGCGGUGGUGCAGAGACAGGAGAAGAAGGCGAAGGAGAAGGCGAAAUUGGAGGCUGCGAAGAAGGUGCAAUAG